AUGUUAGAAAACAUAACGUUUACUUUAAUCGAUGAACAAGUUGAUGGAAAAGAUCUUCUCUCAAGCGAUGUCCUAUCGUCUCUGUCUCAAGUGAUAGCUAUCAUCGACUUGGCGAGCGAGGAUAAGAAGGCCGCAACUCUCAGUUCUAUUUUACAUGUACCGCUGAUGAUGAUAGAUUCCAUUUCAGAAAAUUCGGCGAACACUUCUGUCAUGUCGAUCAGACCUCCCUAUCACGUUGUUAUGCAAGCUCUGUUCGAUGUUAUGGACUUCUUCAAUUUUUCCAGGAUAGCGGUGGUCUAUGACGCCCGCCGAGUCAGAGAGGCAUCCUAUUUCUACGCCAAAGCUAAACGAUGGCCUCGAUUUAACAUCAAAAUGAUACCAGAACUAAUUUUGAAUGACAGAGAAAAGUUACACAGCUCUCUGACUGAGUUGUUCAGGUCACGCAUCAAAGAAAUAAUCUUAUUAUGUGAUCAGAGGGACCUGUAUCACAUUAUGAAUGAGGCGCUAUACGUUGGAAUUAAUGACAAAGACUACCGCUGGAUAACACCUGACUUGGAGGUGGCUGGAGCAGGUCAAACUUACAAUCAUACAUAUCCCUCGUUUCUUGGUAUGGUGGGACUCAGGCUCCAUAUUGUUAACGAGACGUUAAUCAGAAACUUGAAGAGUCGUGCGACCGGUGGAAAAGGAGCCGAAUUCUCUCUGCCCGUGUAUGCAGCUGUCCAUGACGUAGCGCUUGUGGUAGGGACGGCAGUGGUGAAUUUAUUCAACACCGAUCCUAGGAUAACAAGGAUAUUAUCACGUUUAGACAAUGGUAAAUGCGCUUUUCGGAGCAAAUCAAGUAAACGCAGGAGAUUGGGAUUGAGACUGCUCAAGCAGAUUAGGAAGGUGAAACUUUUCCACGAAGAGGGUCUGACUGGCGAGAUACAAUUCAAACUUCGUACGGGUGAACGAAGAGUACAUGAUGGCCUGGACAUUGUGAACAUUGUUCAAAACAGAACCAAAAAGCUCGGCUCUUGGCAACCUGAACCUGAAAGGAUAGAUCACCGUGUGUCUGUGAAUAACGAACACCCUGAGUGGGUGGGAGAUUUCGCACACUUAGUCCAGUGCAACAAUCCGGGGAAAAACCUGCACUACGAACCAGAACCGAUCCCAGUGCUAAAAGUUAUAACAGUGUUGGAACCUCCAUUUGUCGAGAAGGUGAAUGAGUCCACGCCAUUACCAGAUGGGAUCAUACCUAAAAACCAGCUUCAGGGUUUCUGUAUCGAUCUGAUUGAAGAAAUAUCUAAGAAGGCAAACUUCGACUAUGAGAUUUAUCUGGAUAAUAGCUACAAAGGGAUGGUGGACGCGUUGAAGUCUCAGAAAAAGGACCUUGCUCUUGCUCCAAUCACAAUAACUGCAGAGCGUGAAUUGAUCAUCGACUUCAGCAAACCCUUUAUGGACUUUGGUAUGAGUCUGAUCAUGCGCAAACCUGGAGAGCCUCCGAUCAAUAUAUUCGCUUUUCUUCUGCCUUUCACCAACAAUCUGUGGCUCUCUACGAUUGUAGUGGUUUUGUUCAUUACCGGAAUGAUGUGUGUCAUGGACUAUUUGAGCCCGUUUGGUUACCGCGCUCGAGCUCGUGAUUCAGACGAGGAGCCUGGAAAUGAGUUCAACCUGUUGAACAGCUUGUGGUUUGCUACAGCUUCCGUUCUACAGCAGGGUCCCGAUAACACUCCUCUAUCUCCCUCUGGUCGUUUGCUAGCUUCCUCCUUUUGGUUUUUUAUAUUAAUAAUGAUAACAACCUACACGGCAAACCUGGCUGCCUUCUUCACAAUUAAACGAGAAGUGCAAACUAUCAAUUCCCUGAAAGAACUGGAAAGUCAAAACCAAACCACAUACGGAGUCCUCAGAACCGGCUCCGUGCAGAAAUUCUUCCAGAAUUCAGAAAAUCCUAUUCACAUGAGAAUGUUCUCUUUUAUGAGAAGUCAGCAAACUUUCGUCAACUCUACUGCUAAUGGGGUGAAAAAAGCGAGGGAAGAAAACUACGCUUACAUAACAGAAUAUCCCUACUUGGCAUACUACAAUCAACAGAAACCAUGCAACACGAGGUUACUGGACAACCUACUUCAAGCUAAAGGUUAUGGAAUUGGGCUGCAGCAAAACUCACCACACACAAAUAAGAUUUCUGUUGAGAUCUUAGAGCUACGGGAAAAUGGCUUCAUUGAGAAAACACGGCGAAAGUGGUGGGACGAGCGUAGUCAAUGUCCAAAACCAUCUAAGUCCAAAACUGGGAAAAUACAUAGUCUUGACGUCGAUAACAUGGCUGGAGUGUUCUUAAUCUUACUCAGUGGUGUUAUCCUCUCAAUAUUUAUUUUGCUUAUCGAGAUACGCUACAAGAAGCUGGCUGCGUGCUCCACUAGUGGCCAGAACGCUCUGAAGCGAUAUCUGAGAAGAAGUUGCAAGGCGCAAAAAGAGGAAAGUGACCAUUUGUCUACUCCCGCCAUUCAUGUUAACCCGGUCACUCCUGACAAUCCUGUCACACCGGUCACACCAGUAGCACCGGUCACGCCGGUUCGAGUAGCUGUGGUGUUAUCCCAAGGAGACAAGGUUUUAGAGCAAUUGAAGGAAGAAAAAGGCAAGGGCAAAGGUUGGAAUAAAUGGUUUCAAGGCGUAGGAAAGACUGAAGUGUCUCGACGAUGAAGACGAGAAUUUUGGAAUGUUUGAGGAUGUUGGAUAACGUAUGAAUGAAAACAUUAAGCAGCGAUCCAUGUCUUCAAUCUCCAUUUAAGGGCAUCAAUAAUUGAGAGUAAAUGUUAAGUGCGAAUAACCGCUGUUCAAUCAUUUAUUCUUUUCCCUUCACGCCAUGAAGUUACUUCGGUGAAUAGGUUUAUAGUGGAUUAAAAAAGUUAACUGAGGUACGAGUUAGUGGGCGUGGAUCGUUUAGGAGUAAUUUUCCAAGGUUUGUGUUAGUUCGACAAAACAGUCGAAUUUUUUUUACGAGUGGGACGAUCCUCCCACUCUCAGCUCAGUAGUGUCUCCCGAACACCGUCGCGCUAUUUUCAAGCACACAGUUGAUUGGAAGAAAGAAAAUAUCUGCGAUGAGACAGUGACUGAGUCUAAUUCUUAGAGCUAAAAUUCCAGUGAAUUUAUGGCAUACUGUGCAGAGAAUUGAUAUCAUGGUUCAUCAUGAUGAAAAUUGACCUUAGGCAGAGAAAAAUUAAAAACAAUCAUUGGCCAGGUUGUACAAUCACUGGAAAGGCUCAAAUAGACAAAAAUAAAUAAAUAAUAUGAUUAAAAAUAGCAUAUUAUCACGGAUCACGGUAAAAGACAAACGUAGAAAAUAUGGACCGAUAAGCCGAGAGGUAACUUUUCGAAAGCUGCAACAGUGAAUCUUGGUCGCCUGUUAGUUGGAGUGAUAUACAUGUAUUGGCGAAAAGGCAUUAAGGAGAUAAGUCUUUGCGAUUGAAGUAACUUUUGAAAUAAUAAGAAACUACAUGAAGAAACCGCACGGUGAACAUCCAGGGAAACAAACUUAUCUUAACGCCCAAGGUUAAAAAUAACUUAGCUGAAAUCGACCCAUCUUGGCGUCAUUUUUCUCCCCUUUAUUCCUCUUGAUUAUUUCAUUAGUUAACACAUGGUCUGCCUGAAUUACCUGCGGGUCCGUGCUAUUAUUUCAAUUUUGUCUAAUCAGCGUUGAAUGAGGUGUGUGAAAUAGCGUUUGAAUAUGAUUUUUACGAGAAUGUAAUUAACAUGAAUAUAAUAAACACAAACUGAU